AUGUCACCCAUAUGUGGAGGCUUGAGCGAGGCGAGACCUGUCAGUGAUUCGGUGAGGCGCUUGUGUGAACAGCUCCGCCCAGCCAUGGAACAGAGCAACAAGGCGAAUACCGCUUUCAGUGAGUUCGAGCCAAUAUCAUACAAGAGCCAGGUGGUUGCUGGCACCAACUACUUCGUUAAGAUUAAGGUCGGCCCGGAAGCUUUCGCUCAUGUUCGGAUUUUCCAGCCGCUACCUUGCAAUGGUAGCAAUCCGGAGCUGAGUAGCGUGAAGUGGGAUGUGGGUCAAGGAGACGACAUUGCCUAUUUCUGA